AUGUAUGACUUACAUGCUGAGUCAGCGGUUGCCGUGGAAACUUCCGGCGAGUCAACAAAUCGCAAAGCCGAAAGCAACGAACGACUUCUUUUAAACCAGAUCAUCGUCCGCAUAUCCAACAUUUUCCCAGACAACAAUCGACAAGACACCGCAGACACCGCUUCACUCAUCGCUUCGACUGCUUCACUGCCCUCUCAUCAUGAACAUGCGCUUUGCAUGAUAUGGACUGUGAUUGACUGCCUGCCUUCUGCGCCCUUCAGUGAAAACACUGAUCUGGUGCUUGGGGCCAACUACUCACCAGCCGAGCCGGGCAUGGCUGUGGAUACAAGCUACUUGACCAGCCAGGUCAACUCCAUCGUUGAGCAGCUCCAUGGCCUAUUCGAUGACAUUGGUGUUCCUCACCAUGAACGGGAGUCGCGGGAAGAGAAAAACGAGAUGAUGCAAGAAGCCCACCAUCUUAAGACUACUAUUAAACAGAUGGAAGCCUCACUCGACGGGGUUGGGAGAGGUAGCCGGGAAUAUGAAGACAUUGAAAUUACAUAUCCCUUGAACAGGUGCCUUGAAGCUCUCAAGGAAAAGCACAACUCGGUCAAGCUCGUGGAAGCCCUGGUAUCUUACUCAUCGCACCUCGAGUCAUCCUUCGUUUCUCUAGAACUUCCACCCAUUGAGCCUGGUGCUGUGGCUCCUCCAUCAUUUGACCUUUCCCCUACCUAUGUCAAAGCACUUGACGCCGAAUUUACCAGAGUAUACGAGGAGUACAACCGCCGUGUUGCAACAAUGAGCAGCCUGGGGCAAGAAAUAGUGAAUCUAUGGGCCGAACUCGGUACACCCCAAGCCCAAACGGAGCCCCUGAUCGUCAAACAUUACCGUGACUCUCCAGAACAAUUAGGCCUUCACCAAUCAGAUAUUGCCAACCUUCGUUCACGGCGCGAGAAGCUUUUGGACGAGAAGAAUGCUAGAGAACGCAAAUUGAAGGAGCUCAAAGCGGCGGUAGAGGCCCUCUGGGACAAACUAGGGGUCGAGGAGUCAGAAAGAAAAGGAUUCCUUGCUUCCAACCGUGGGUGUGGACUGAGGGCUAUAAACGAGUUCGAGGAAGAGCUCUCCAGGCUUAACGAGCUCAAAAGACAAAAUUUACACCUCUUUGUGGAAGAUGCUCGGUGUCGGUUGCAGGAACUAUGGGACAGCUUAUACUACUCGGAAGAGGAAAUGCUGGACUUCACUCCAGCGUUUUCGGACGUUUACAGCGACGCUCUACUAUCCGCCCACGAAGGAGAAAUCGCACGUCUUGAGGCUCUUUUGGAGGAAAGGGCACCGAUUCUUCAACUUAUUGAUAAGCACAAAUCACUGAUUGAAGACCGUGAUUCUCUCAAUGCUUCUAGCCAAGAUGCUUCUAGGUUGAUGGCCCGUGGUAACAAAGGAGAGAGACGUGAUCCUACACGGCUUCUUAGGGAAGAGAAAAUGCGAAAGAGAAUUGCAAAGGAGCUGCCAAGGGUUGAGCUAGAACUCAGGAAGACUCUACAGCAGUGGGAAGAUGAAUACGGCAGACCAUUUCUGGUACAUGGUGAACGAUAUCUGGAUGAAGUUACACCUGCACCUCCACCAUCGAAACUCCCUCCACGAUCUAAAACUCCUUCAUCUUUCUCCACUGCUUCUAGGGCAAACUCUGUUCGAGGACCUCCAUCAAUACGUGGAGGAGCUCCGCCAAAACCAACCAUCGCUCCUCCAUCACGGGCGAAGACACCAAGCAGCCAUGGUUCCGUGAGAAACAUACCCAGGCCUUACUCUGCAGCCGCUGGAACCUUUCCAAAGUCACCUUCGAAGAUACCUGCUCGUGUUCCACUAGGUAACCUACCUCAUGGGAACAACUCUCCAGAAAGGCGAGAGCAGCCAACUCAUACCUACUCAUCAAGCACGGUCAGGGGUAAUAUGGGACCCCCUAGAGCACCACCACCAAAGAUGAGAGAUCUAUUCCAACCACCAAGACCACAAACAUCUUUCUCUUCUUACAAGACCGACCCAGAGCGCUGCCCAAGCUUGAUUUCGGGUAGCUCCAGCGGUAAUGUAACAUCCCUUAGCCCAGAUGAGGACUCGCAUGAGAGGAAACAUCACCAGCGUUCACGCACACAACCUUCAGUCCCAUUGCAAGCUCCGAGCGUAAACUGCUCAGUUCAGUCACUACACUCCUCCAACGUCCAAGACAGCGGGCACUACCAAUCCCAGCAAUCAUCAUUCGUUAGCCAGUCAAGCGACAAACAGUAUCGGUCACAAAAUCCCUCUAACAGACAACUUUCAAAUUCAACAAUACAAACGGUAACGUCAGGAUCAGAGAACUGGGAAACGUAUGACGAUGCAUCUGAACCCGAAGCAGAUGCAACUGAGGUCUAUUAUGCCAAACUACGAGCCACCCAUGGCAAACGCAUGGGAACACCAGGUGAUCUAGGAGGUACAAAGAAAAUAAGGGGCAUCCGGGGCGUGAGCUCAGAUGAAUUUGAGACAGAAAAUCACUACCCACACCGAGUUGACGGCAGUGAUGGAUGGACUGAUGACUUGGAACAGUAUUAA